AUGUCCUGGAAGAUUAUUUUGCUGUCACUGUUUUCUGUUGCUAACUCGAUUAGCAUCGGUAGAAUCGAUAAUUGUUCACAAAUUGCUGAUAUGAGUAUACUAGUUUUCAACAUCACUCAGGAUGAAUGCAUGUGUCGAAUGAUACAUUCCAAUGGAUCCAAAUUUGCUUUGAAUUACUUUUCGAGAAACCGAACGUGUCAAUUAUUUGAAUCCAGUGUGACUUGGAUUACGCUUCAAUUCGAUGUGAAUUCAAUAUUUGCAUUUCUUAAUCAAUCAGCAAUUUCUAUUCGAAUCAAUCUAACGACAACAAGUCCGUCGUCGGCAUCAUCGUCAACAAAUACUACAACAACAGCAGGUUUUGCAAACUUGAAUUGUGAAAAUAUUGAACUUCUUUACAGCACUUUUCGUAAUCAAGUAACCUAUAAAGUCAGUGAUACUUUAUAUGCUGUCGCUGGUACAGAUGUGACUGGUGACAAUAAAUCUGAUAUUAUUGCCGUCUAUGACCCUAACAAAGUUGGUAUCCUUGUUAACCGAGGUGAUGGUACUUUCUUUAAUCAGACUGUUAGUUCAGUUGCCAAUAACUCAGUGGCCCUUGCAGUAUUUGACGUAGAUAGUGAUAACAGACCAGAUAUUAUUGUCACAAACCAAGUCAUAGACAAAGUGAAUAUUGUGUUUAAUAGUGGGAAUGGUACGUUUCAAGGUCCUGUUCUGUACUCAGUUGGUCGCAGUCCACGUGCACUUUCAGUGGCUGAUGUGAACGGUGACAAGAAGCCUGAUAUUGUCACCGCAAACUAUUACGGAAAUAGCAUCAGUGUGUUAAUUAACAUUGGCAAUGGAACAUUUUCAAAUCAUACUAUCUAUCAGGUUGGCUAUAAUCCGUACUCAGUCGCGAUAUUUGAUAUGAAUAAUGAUAAUAAAUCGGAUGUUAUUGUAGCAAAUUCAGGAUCAGGCAAUAUCGGAAUUUUGUUCAACAACGGUAAUGGUACGUUUGGGGCUCAUAAUUCUUAUUCAGUCGGUGGUUUUCCAUAUUCCGUUGCUGUUGGCGAUGUGGACAAUGAUAAUCGACCUGAUAUUGUUGCCGCGAACUAUAUUUCAAAUACUGUAAGCGUUCUUUUGAACAAGGGUGAUGGUUCAUUUAUGAGUCAAAUCGCUUACUCGGUUGGCACCGGCCCGUACUCAGUAGUAGUAUUUGAUAUGAAUAAUGAUAACAGACUUGAUAUUAUUGUCGCGAAUUCAGGAGCAGGCAACGUUAGUAUUCUUCUGAAUAGAAACAAUGGCACAGCUUUCAAUCAAACUACUUAUCCGGUUGGCGACGAUCCACGUUCAGUAGCAGUUGCCUAUAUAGAUAAUGAUUGUCACCCUGAUGUUAUUAUCGCUAAUUAUGGUUCUGGCUCUGUUAGUAUUCUUCUACAGAAUGAGAACUAA